AUGAAAAAGUUUCUUGUCAUUUUAAUUCUGCAAUUUUCAAUCAUCUCGUCAACAACAAUUCCACAAAACUUACUGGAAAUCCAAAUUAUCUGUGAACACACACACUGGCUUGAAGCUGAUUGGGCGAUCAAGUUACAUCCUGAAUUAUUCACAAAUCCAGACACCAGCAAGCACUACAUUAAAUGUCAACUUCCACCAGGCGUUCAACCAGAAGAAAAAGUCAAAAUUGUGUCUGUAAAAUACCCAAAUCAAGCUCAUGCUGACUUUAUGGCACAAAAUCCAGACAUUCCAAAGAUUUUGAUCUUCCAUGAGGAGAAAGUGACCGAAUUGAUGCCAUUUGGAAUUGCUGAUGUCUUCACAAAUGUCAUUGAACUGAAAAUUAUCGCAAAAGGUUUGAAAUUUAUAACUCGUGAGAACUUUGCUGGAUUGACUGACCUAAAGAACCUGAAACUUGGUAAUAACAAGCUUGCCUCAAUUCCAUUUGAUGCAUUUUAUGAGCUGCCAAAUUUAGAGACUUUGGAUCUUUAUCGAUGCAAUUUGAAGGAACUUAAUGAAGAUUUGUUCAUAAAUAAUCCAAAUUUGAAGGAUGUCUCAGCGCCAUUGAAUGACAUUCAGGUUUUACCAGCUGGAAUCUUUAGAAAUAACCAGAAUCUAGAGAAUGUCAACAUGAACUUUAAUGACUUUAAGGACAUUCAAGUUGAUUUCACUAAAGUCAUCAAAAUGAGGCCGUGCAGUAAUGAUUCUGAUUUAUUACUGACAGCUUUAUUAUACGUUUUGGCUCAAUGCACUCAAGUGCGCAUUUUGAUGAGAACAUUUGAACAUGAAACACGAGUUGAAUUUAACUAG